GUUGGCGUCCCCCCAGUAAGGAUUGGACCGGCCAAGCGAACGGACGUGUGCGCGUGUUGCGGUAAAAGAACGGUACCUUCAGUGUCUUCAAUGAACAGUUGAAGAAAUUCGUCGUAAGGAUAUUCCGAAGACGCAACGACGACGGUUGGCAAAUAAUUAAUCUAUGCAGCAUUGGAAGCUGCUUAUGAUAAUAAGUAAUCUCAACAGCCGCUCCAGAACCAGAUUCUUUCAUACCCCGCUACCCGCCGUCUUUGUAACGAUGGCACACACGCAGUGUUCCAAAUAAAUCAACUGUGACAGAGAAGCGAACAAGAACAACACGAUUGGGAAGAAAACAGUGAUUUACAAAAGUGGCACCGCGAAGAAACGCGCGACGCAUCCAAUUUGUCCAGCAGCGUGUUCCAUUGUUGACCGGACUGGAGAAAUCCGAUGGUCGGUUUUUGGUGAUUACGGGCGCCCCGUGCUAGUGAGAGUGAAUUCGAUAGAAAAGUGUCCCACCUACCGUUCGCCAAUAGGCUCGUCACAGGAAUAUUAAUCGACAUUUUCUGCUGUGGGAAAAUCGGCACGAUAGAUUUCUCAGAAGCAAGAAAUCGCUGGCAAUGGCUAAGGUGACCGCACGCUCCGCGUCUCGAAGGACAAUUGUUGCCAUUUCGGUGCUUCUUUGUGUGACAGCACUACAUCGAACGACGGCAUACGUCCGAGAUUCCAGCGGUAGCGGCAGCCCCAAUACCAGACGACAUCAUCCUCCCAGUGAUGGCGAUUAUAGCAGGAAUCUCUCUUACCACAUAAAUCAUCACGGUCGAGCUGGUCGCACCAGCAGGAGCAACUACAACAACAGCAGCGGUGGCGCCGUUAGCCCCGGUCGCGGCAACAACGAUCUCGUCCGGAUGAGUGCCAACUCUAAAUCAGCGGAUCGGUACGGUGGAGCCGGUAAGACCCAGUAUACGUACGAGCACGUUCAGAGUGGGUCAGUAAUGCUACCGAAGGGAGGAAGAACGUUUCUUGAGCCGAACCAGAAUAGGACCUUGGCAUACACCGCCAAACUGGAUACCACGGUUUAUCGACAGAAACCGCACAAGAAUCACCACCAGCGACAGCAGCACAACGAUUGGUCAACGGUAGCAGUGGCAGGUCGGCGCUCCCACAAGCCGGGCUUCAAAUCGACCACUGUCAACGGGCUCUGCAUCAAGUGUCCCGCCGAGAAAACUGCCAUCGCACGCAAAGGCCUCGACGGUGUACUGAUCGAACCGCCAAUGUUGACAACGUGUCGCAAUCAGCCCAUCUCGCGUGACCUGUACGAACUGGAAACGCUGUUCGGUUCCAAGCUGAACUUUAUCCUGCCCCAUUCCAACGGCGGCGGCCCAUUUUCGUUCCUUGCCAAGAUUGUCAACAAGCGCAGCGGAAAGGUAGUGCAGACUUGUGAUUUGCGAUAUAAAGUAAUUGUGAAACAGUGUGGAAAAUAUUACACCAAGAACAAGGAUCUCAAAGUGGCGUGCGACUUGGGCAACAUCUGGGGAUCGCGGUGCACCUUCCACUGCAGAAACGGUGGCUACUUGAGCAGACAGAACGCGUUUGUCGAGUGCAGUGAAGAGCAAACUUGGCAGGGGGAGGAACCGUACUGCAUGUAUAAUGAAGUCUCCGACGAUUACGCAUACGACAGCGACGCUCCGCCUACGUCGGACUGCACUUAUCUGAUCCCGCCCAACAACGGUCGGUUCGCGUGCGAGAUGAAACCGAUCGCGACCAGCUCCAACGACCUGUACGUUCCGAACGGGGCCGUCUGUCGGAUCAAGUGCAACGAACACUUUGAAAUUCCCGUCCAUCUGCAGGCGGCAUCGGUAUUCCACUGCGACGAGGGCCGCUGGAACUCGACGAUGAGGCACUUUUGCCACAAACCGGGCGCCGUGACCGUCCGUAUGCAUCGGAAACGAAGUUACGGUUAGUCGCUCGCACCUACAGCCGCGGCGACGAUGUAGUCUCUAAGAUUAUAUUAGUUACAGCUAGAUAAAACAGCUUGAUUUAUUGCUUCGCAACGGGCGCGAACUUGAAUGUGAUUUUGUGUUUCGAGAAUGGAAAUGACAUUCUUUCCCUGUGGGCUGUUUUCUAGAUGGGAAGAAGUAAAAGAAGUAAUAGCAGUCCUUUAUUAUACAUAUUACAACAGUGUUUCAGUUUGUUACGUCGGUGAGCGAUUUAUAGACGUUAGAUGCAUACUUACGGUUUUAAGGCGUAUAACAGCUAGUUCGAAAAGGCUCCUUACGGAAGGCGAUGCUUACCAUGUUGAGAUUAUGUGUGUCUGUGUUAAGUAUUAUAUUACUGAAGAUAAAGUGUUUCACACUGGAAACAUGACAGUAUAUUGCAGUGAUUCAAAAAUUCAAAAAGAUUUUGAUUAUAUAAUAAAGAUAAGCGAAACCCGAUAC